AUGCAUGGCGGAAAUGAAAUGAGGCACGCCAGCGGCGCUACCGAGGAUGAUCAGGAUAUUGCACUGACGAGCAACGCCGGAAGCCAGGGUCACGCAUGGCAAGAUGAUGCACAGCGUGAGCAAUCGGGCGGACACGACGCGCCGGAAGAACAUGGCAAACCAGACAAGAUGGCCGUGGAUCCCGUUGCGCAUAGCCCCAGCAAGAGUCGGGCGAGAGAAGGCAAGAGCUUGGAGGAGAGACAAUCGGUCGAAUACGACGCGCCGGAAGACUAUAACAAUCUCGACGAGCUGAUUGCGGACCCCGUUGCUCACAAAUCCCCUAGGAGGAGUCGCGAGGGGAGGGGCGAGAGUCUGGAGGAGAUGCGAUCGCCUCGAGGAGAGGACUACCGACCAACCUCUGAUCUGGAGAUGCAAGACACAACCCCCGACGAGCAAGACGAGCCCGAUACAGCCACGUCCAAAACGUCUGCGCGCGUCUCCAGACUGGCGACGGAGGUGUACACGCUUUCCUACCUCGUAUUCUUUGCUAUAUUCGGAACGAUUGCCCGUCUUGGACUCCAGGCUCUGACACUGUAUCCCGACGCGCCAGUCUCUUUUGGCGUGCUCUGGGCUAAUGUCGGUGGCAGUCUGAUCAUGGGCUUCCUGAUAGAAGACCGCAAGUUGUUCAAGCAGGAAUGGGGCACGGCCAAGUACCAUAAUGAGAUUAUCAAAGCGCGGCGGGAAGGGCGAAAAGACAGCAACGUGUCUGACAACCUCGCGGCCGCGAAGAAGGCGCAUCUCGCGACCAAGAAGACGAUCCCGCUCUACAUUGGCCUCUCCACGGGCUUUUGCGGUUCCUUCACGUCCUUCUCGUCUUGGAUACGCGACAUCUUCCUCGCCAUGGUCAACGACCUCCCCCGCGCCGGCGGGGCCACCCCCGAAGCGCGGACCGGCGGCCAGUCCUUCAUGGCCAUGAUGGCCAUCCUCCUUUGCACCGUCGCCCUCAGCCUGUCGGCCCUCAUCGUCGGCGCCCACCUCGCCAUCGCCCUCGAGGGCGUCACCCCAUCCAUCCCCUACCUGCUCGGUCGAAAAGUCAUGGACCGCUGCGCCGUCCUCUUUGGCUGGGGCUCCUGGCUCGGCGCGGUGCUCCUCGCCAUCUGGCCGCCGCACGACGCCUGGCGCGGCCGCGUCCUCUUCUCCAUCGUCUUCGCGCCGCUGGGCUGCCUCGCGCGCUUCUACGCCAGUCUGUUGCUCAACGCCAAGGUCCCGGCGUUCCCGAUGGGUACCUUUACGGUCAACAUUGCCGGGGUCGCCGUGCUGGGCAUGUGCUGGGACCUGGCGCACGCGGAGCUGGGCGGCGUUGUCGGGUGCCAGGUGCUGCAGGGCGUCGAGGAUGGGUUCUGCGGGUGCUUGACGACCGUCUCGACGUGGGUUGCUGAGUUGACGGCGCUGCGGCGUACGCAUGCGUACGUUUACGGCUCGGUCAGUGUCGUGGUGGGGUUUGCGGUGAUGGUCAUCGUCAUGGGUUCCCAGAAGUGGACAGACGGAUUUGCACCGUUAAUGUGUACUCAUUGA